CUCGCCACGUGGGACUCAGUUCAUGGACUCAACGGAAGUCUGAAGGAGAGUCGGAUAGAGAAUGGCAUGCAGGGCGUCACGGUCAAGGUGGUCACUUUACUGGAGGACCCAUUCGUCAUGGUGGCAGAAAAUAUCCUGGGGCAGCCGAAGAGAUACAAAGGUUUCUCCAUCGACGUCCUGGACGCCCUCGCCAAAAUCCUGGGCUUCAAAUACGAGAUCUACCAGGUGAGCGACAGUAAAUACGGAUCUCAGCUUCCAAACGGGUCGUGGAACGGCAUGAUCGGCGACCUCAUCAGUAAGAAAGCCGACCUGGCCGUGUCCGCCAUCACCAUCACACCUGAGAGGGAGAACAUCGUCGACUUCAGCAAACGUUACCUCGACUACAGCGUCGGGAUCCUGCUGCGAAAGCCCGAGGAGAAGAUCAACAUCUUCUCUCUCUUCGCGCCCUUUGACCUCGCCGUCUGGGCGUGCAUCGCCGCAGCGAUCCCUGUGGUGGGCGUGCUCAUCUUCCUGCUCAACAGGCUGCAGGUGCUGAGAUCGUCCGGCGGCCAGAAUCCUCCACCGGGCCAGCCGGCCAACGGCGUGGGGUCGGGCACUCUGCACAGCGCCAUCUGGAUCGUCUACGGAGCCUUCGUGCAGCAAGGCGGGGACAGUGUGGUGGGCUCCGUGGCUCUGAGGAUCGUCAUGGGAAGCUGGUGGCUCUUCACGCUCAUCGUGUGUUCUUCGUACACAGCAAACCUGGCAGCAUACCUCACUGUGUCCCGCAUGGACCACGCUAUAUGGUAA